AUGGGUUACGAAAAAAAAAUACCACCACCACCAACAAGAGAAUAAGAACUUGAAAUAAUAAGAAAAACAGAAGAAAAUUUUUUAAAAUAACCUUUUUAUAAAUAUUAUAUGAACGAAGCACAUAGAACAAUUAAAAUGGAAUUUGCAGAAAAACUCAACGAAAACAGAUUACAUUUUUGGAGGAAUUUCUUCGUUGGAUUACUUGUUACAGGUCCAAUUUUUGUUAUUCCUUAUGGUUUGAUAUUUAAGAGAAUGUCAACAGGCGUUCCAUUUUAUUUUGUACCUAAAUAUGUUUUUGCUCCUAAAUAAGCUUAUGAUGGAGGCAGAAGUUGGCAUGUAUUAAAAACUUAAGUUCCUUUAUGGAUUUUCUUAGGAACUGCUUAUGCUUAUUGGUUUACAGAAAAUACUGUUUUAGCUGAUGAAUGGUUAGAAGGAGGAAAGAUUAAAUAUCCUUUUUGAAUAUAAAUUAAAAGAAAAAGGAGAAAAAAAAUGAAGCAUUUUAUUUUUUUUAUUUUUUUUGUUAAGAAAUAAAAAUAAUAAAUAUAAAUUAUAGUUAGAUCUUUUUUUUUAAAGAAUACUUUAGUUU